AUGAAUGAAGAUUUCAGCGAUGUAACCAUCUCAGUGAAAGGUAAAAAUUACCCGGCUCAUAAAUUGAUUUUAGCCGCUCGAAGUUCGGUUUUCAAAGCCAUGUUUCGAAACGAUAUGCAAGAAAGCCAGAAGAAUCGCAUUGUAAUCAACGAUAUAGAAGAAGAAACCUUUGAGGAAAUGUUACACUACAUUUACACCGGAAAAGUGAAGAAUUUGGAAGAAUCGGCCUUCGAAUUACUUUCUGUUGCGGAUAAAUACGAUCUGAAAGAAUUGAAAAACGCUUGUGAAGGAAUUUUACUCUCAAAAUUAUCAGCAGACAACGUAGGCAAGAUUUUAGUACUGGCUGAUAUGCAUAAUGCUGAAGAAUUAAAGGCGAAUGCUCUACGAUUCAUCAAAGCGAAAUAUUCUAAUUGCGGGAAUUAUGAAAAUACGGAAAUGUGGAAAAUAUUGACCGAAUCUCGUCCUAGUUUGAUGAAAGAUAUGCUAGCUAUGGUUUUCAACAAGUAA